GAAACUAUGCGGUCGACAUACGAGGAAAGAGCUGACGUAUCCACGGACAGCAAGUACCACAGCUACAGUAACAAUAAUAAUCAUAAUAAUUACCCGAAAAGCUACAAUGGCAACGGUAAUGGCACUGCCAAUGGUAUACCCUAUCACGCGCGAGAAAACUCAUUGCCUUUCAGCUAUGGCAUAGCCAAUUCAUCAACGACGCUGCGCAAAACGCCAACACCAACGCGAGCAGAUAGUUUUCUUGAUAGUUUUGAUUUUGGCAAGCUAAAUAUGAGCAGCAACAAUAACAACAGCAACACCAGCAACACCAGCAACAACAACAACAUCUACGUCAGUAAUAUUAAUAAUAAUAAUAGCAGUGAUAUGAUUAAACCUCAACCACGUUUAACGAGCCCCUUGCUAGUACGCAAAACUCUGAAAACAAAUGGCCCACAGACAAAUGGCAAUACGCUAAAUACAAACACUAUAUCGAAUACGUACCACUAUGGAUCGGGUACGGGUGCGAGUACGGCCGCAGCAACGCCACCGCGCGAUGACUUCGAGCAACUGUUGCGCGAGCGUCGCGAAAAAGUCUACAACGAGUAUCGUGAGCAGGAGCGCGAAAGGGAGCAGCAGCGCACUUGGAGCAGCGCACGUGUGCCACCAAUGCCACCGCAGCGGCGUCAGAGCAAUGGACCGAGCAAAUACAACUAUGAUUUUGAAUUCAAUUUAAAUCUAUUGGAUGCAAAGCCCGAGCGAAGCUCGCUGCCGGGGCCAGCGCCAUAUAACACCAGAAACAUUGAGCUGCAGUCCAUGAGGCAGCAGGAUGUGGAUGUGCCAGAUGGAGCCAUGCGUGGCAGCAGUCGCCGCUUGGAGUCCACAAUGGUGGAACGCAAUUAUCACACAAUUAACAGCAGCAAUAGUAUGGAACGCACGCCAUUGGAAGUGACAUACAAACAGCAGCAGCACCAGCAGCUACAACAACAGCAGCAACAACAGCAACAACAGCAACAACAACAUCAGCCAGCACACAUUUAUGGUCAGAGCCAGCUGCAUGUGGAGACGCAUACGCGCACUCGUCGCGAUUUGGAUUUGUCACCCAUUUAUGCCACUAGCACAAAAAGCAAAAGCUCCGCUGCAGUUGCUCCAAAUACCAAUGGCCAGCAGCAGGCGGAUUACCUGUUAACGCCCAGUCCCACUAGCCGGCCAGAGACGCCCGCUUUUCCGCUCACACCACGCACACCGUUCGGGACCAACAGUCCCAGCAACAUGCAGCGGGUCUCGCCCACCAGUGAAUCCAUCUAUCAAACGAAUGGUAUACAGCGGCUCAACUCAUUGCCCACGCCCACCUUUGAGGUGGCAGCGGAUCUAGUGAAAUUCGCACGCAAUUCCGCCAAAUACUGGUACAAGGCCAAUCUGUCACGCGAGGAUGCCAUUGCGUUGCUGAUGAAUGCGCCACCAGGCACAUUCCUGGUGCGUGACUCCACAACAUACAAAAAUGCAUAUGGCCUGGUGCUCCGCGUGGCACAACCGCCAGCCGGCAGUCAGGAGCUAGUGCGUCAUUUUCUCAUUGAGCCCACACAGCGAGGUGUGCGCUUGAAAGGCUGCGCCAACGAACCCGUCUUCACAUCGCUCUCGGCGCUCAUCUAUGAGCAUUCCAUCAAUCAGCUGGCCUUGCCCUGUCUGCUGCGCAUACCCGAAGCAGAUGUAGUGCCCGCCUUGGCAGCCACCACACCGGCGCAGCAGCAUCUGCUCACCCAUGGCGCUGCCACCAAUGUGCUUUGGCUGUUUAGCUGCGAUACGGAAUCACUUACGGGCAAUUUGGCCAUCAGCAAGGCCAUACGUCUAAUGUACGAACAGCGUCCCUUGCCCACGCCCACUGAGGUGCACUUUAAGGUCUCCGGCCAGGGCAUUACGCUCACGGACAACACGCGCAAGAAGUUCUUCCGCAAGCACUACACAGCGGACAUAAUCUCACACUGUGCCAUCGAUCCCGAGAGUCGCAUGUGGAACGAUCCCAACGAGCCCACAGACAAGAAGACUAUCUUUGCAUUUGUCGCUCGCCGUUCGGUCAGCUCCAAGGAUAACCAGUGCCAUAUCUUUUGCGAUCUGUCCGUCAGUCAGCCAGCAGCUGCGAUUGUCUCAUUUGCCAAUCGCACGCUGCCCACCGAGAAGCAGCGGAACUAUGUGCUCUAAGGAGCAGGUAGCCCUCAGUGGCAGUGGCAGACGUGCGCCACUUGGGUUUUUGCUUUAACACUAAGCAGUGUCGACUUCGACUUCAAUUUUAAUUAAAAAUAAUAACUACACGAAAAAAUAAAAUUAAAUACUUUUAAGUAUGUGUAACAACAAUGUCAUGUUAAUUAGAAAUUUAAAUGGCACAAUAAUAUAACAACAACAAAACAACGACACUUUAAAUUCGCUAAGCGCACAGAGUAACAGAAUGCAUUGAAUAUCCGAUUAAUUGUUUCAAAUGUUUUUAAUAAUAUAAUGCACAAUCCUUGUACAAUAAUGCCUUAAUAAAUUAAUUGUAUAUAUAUGUUUAUAUAAGAUGAUACUAUAAGAAAUUUAAGCACAUUAUACUUGGCAAACAUAUAUAACAAGAGUGGUAUACUUAAUAUUUACAAUACGUAUACGUGUUUUUUUUUUGUUACAUUG